AUGCUUUUGCUGUGUGUAGGUAUUUUCUGUGCUGCGGCCUUGGAAACUCCGGAGACUGUGGAAAUGGCGAUGGAAACGAAGUGUCCAGAGUGUGGGUCUUUGGGACUUUGUGAGCUGUUUUACAAGGGGGCUGCAUUUGCUUUUAAUUACCAUGCAGGUGCAGCCGUUAAUGACAGUGUUGUCGAGAAUAGGGGUAGGAUUGUGAUAUUGAGAACAUUGUGA